UCUCCUUUGUCGAGAAACACUACCAGAGAUAGAAAUUUGCAAGUGAUCAAGAGCUGACUUGCUUGCCUUUGCCAUGGAGAAGAAUUCUGCAUGCCUACCACCAAGCAAGGGAAACAUGAUCACAAUUCUAAGUAUUGAUGGAGGUGGGGUGAAGGGUAUCAUCCCGGCUGUUAUGCUGUUAUUCCUUGAAUCUAAACUUCAGGAGCUUGAUGGGAAGGAUGCUCGGAUUGCAAAUUACUUUGAUGUCAUCGCCGGCACAAGCACAGGUGGGCUUAUUGCAGGAAUGCUAGCAGCUCCAUCACCGGGCAAUGCCAAGCAACCGUGCUGUGAGGCUAAGGAUAUUGUCCCGUUUUACCUCAAGCAUUCCCCCUACAUCUUCCCGCACAUGACUGGAACUUUUGGUUGGUUCUUCAACAUCUUGGGCAUCAUAAAGAUGGUCAUUGGACCAAAGUAUGAUGGAAAAUACCUGCACAAACUAAUCAAUGAUCUUCUUGGCGACACAAGGAUGAAAGAAACAUUGACAAAUGUUGUGAUUCCCACUUUUGAUGUGAAGUGUGUAAAGCCAAUAAUAUUCAGCACAUUCAAGGCGAGACAUAAGCCCUUAAAAAAUGCUCGUCUUGCUGAUGUAUGUAUUGGUACAUCUGCGGCACCAACCUUUCUCCCUGCACACUAUUUUGAAACCGUGGAUCGCACUGGUGCAUCACAAAGCUUCAACAUUAUUGAUGGUGGCAUGGCAGCAAACAAUCCAACUUUGGUGGCCAUGGGUGAGAUAACAAAGCAGAUCAAGCGGAAGAGCGAGGAGUUCCCUGAAACCGAGCCCUUGGAUUACCGCAAGUAUCUGGUGAUAUCAUUGGGUACUGGUCUGCCAGAGAAUGAUAUCAUGUUUGAUGCAAGAAAUGUUGCCAAAUGGGGCGUUUUUCGAUGGAUAGGUGGAGAAGAUACAAUGCCUUUGCUCAAUAUGUUCUUCCAUGCCAGCUCAGAUAUGGCUGACACACUUGUUGCAGACCUCUUCAGUGCAAUUGGAUGUUCACACCAACUACUGCGCGUCCAGGAUCACAACAUCCCAAUAGGGGCAAUAUCUAAUGACCUCUCAACGGAGGAUCAUCUUCAACAGUUGGUUAAGAUAGGAGAAAAUCUUCUCAACAAGCCACUAAGCAAGGAAGAGUGUGAGAAAAACAACAUUGAGCCAUUGCCAAACCUUCAUGGCCAUGUGACCUAUGCAGACAUGCUCACACGGUUUGCAAAGCUACUUUCUGAGGAGAGAAAGCUAAGGAUGCAGAACAUGAAGCUGGAUGCUGGUCCUAGCACACGUGAAACGUGAGAUGUUUUGAACAGAUGUCUCACACUUGAGAUAGCUAUUUCUAUCUGAAGUGUGAAACAUUGUGUGGUAGUGCCUUUAUUUUCAUCAAGAACAGUAGUUGGACAAGUUUGUACAAUCUGUGUGUGCUGUGUGUUACCUGUUCGAACUCUAAAAUAUAUAGGGCUAUGGGUCUGUUUGGCACGGCUCUAGCUCCACCCGAAAAGGGAGGGAAGAACCGGAGAAGGCUAUAGUGUUCUGAAAGAAUAAACUAGAUGAGUGGAGCUGGAUUCAGAUCACUCCAUACCUCCACUCCGGUCUCCGCUUUAGGAGUGAGAUUUUACGAGCCCUGCCAAAAAAUGAUGAAUAAAUGAA